AUGCGUGCGUCGCCUCCCCCAGAGCCAGGUAUGCGUGCGUCGCCUCCCCCAGAGCCAGGUAUGCGUGCGUCGCCUCCUCCAGAGCCAGGAAUGCGUGCGUCGCCUCCCCCAGAGCCAGGAAUGCGUGCGUCGCCUCCCCCAGAGCCAGGAAUGCGUGCGUCGCCUCCCCCAGAGCCAGGAAUGCGUGCGUCGCCUCCCCCAGAGCCAGGAAUGCGUGCGUCGCCUCCCCCAGAGCCAGGUAUGCGUGCGUCGCCUCCACCAGAGCCAGGAAUGCGUGCGUCGCCUCCCCCAGAGCCAGGAAUGCGUGCGUCGCCUCCCCCAGAGCCAGGUAUGCGUGCGUCGCCUCCCCCAGAGCCAGGUAUGCGUGCGUCGCCUCCCCCAGAGCCAGGAAUGCGUGCGUCGCCUCCCCCAGAGCCAGGAAUGCAUGCGUCGUCUCCCCCAGAGCCAGGUAUGCGUGCGUCGCCUCCACCAGAGCCAGGAAUGCGUGCGUCGCCUCCCCCAGAGUCAGGAAUGCGUGCGUCGCCUCCCCCAGAGCCAGGAAUGCGUGCGUCGCCUCCACCAGAGGCAGGUAUGCGUGCGUCGCCUCCACCAGAGCCAGGAAUGCGUGCGUCGCCUCCCCCAGAGCCAGGAAUGCGUGCGUCGCCUCCCCCAGAGCCAGGUAUGCGUGCGUCGCCUCCCCCAGAGCCAGGAAUGCGUGCGUCGACUUACCCUUAUAAGCAAAAAUUAUUUCCAAGCUAA